AUGGUUCUGAAUCCCAACAGUUUCCACGUAAAAUACGGCUUUGGUUAUGAUGACAACAUCGAUGAUUACAAGGUGGUACGCAUCUCGGAUGGUGAAAAUUAUGGAUGUUUAGAUAUUCAAGUUUAUACAUUAGGGUCAGAUUCAUGGCAUCAUGUUCUAACCAUCCCUUUCUCGUUUUGCUCUGAAAGCACUUUCUAUAGUGUGCUUUUUAACGGAGCUCUUCACUGGUUAGGGGUUAUCACUGCUUCUCGAAAAGCAUCUUCUAAGGUUAUACUCUCUUUCGAAAUUAGCAAGGAGCAACUUGUGCAUUCGCUGCUUCCGGAAGAAAACGAAAAAGAAGUUAAAGGUAUGGGAGUGCUUGGAGACUGCAUUUGUUUAAUUGUGAAUGAUCUCACAUAUGGCCGGACGAAUAUAUGGGUCAUGCAAGAUUAUGGAGUGCAAAAUUCUGGGACUAAACGAUUUACUAUUACUCAACUACCCAUAGACAAAUAUUUCUCCUUUCAGCCAAUUUGGUCUUUCGAAAGUGGUGAGGUUCUACUAGAUACUACCAAGGAUUUAAAUAUAUAUGACACUAAAAGUGGAAAAGUUAGAAUUGCAAUGAGUGAUACUUAUAUCAGCAUUAAUCGAGAGUUCUAUGUGGAGAGCCUAGUUUCAGUUAAAUCAGGGACUUAUGCAGAGAAAAAACCCGAAGGACAAUCGAGGUAA